AUGGGAAUCGGCCGUUUUUUCUGCUUCGGCUCCUCCGGGAAGAAGUCUCAGCGUCACAAUGAAAAGACCACCGCCCGCAGCCUAGAUGCGCCAGGACAACUCAUGUCCGACAAGCAGCCCCACGCCCAAUCCCCCACGUCCCACAUCACCACCAUCCCCGACGGCCCACCCCCCGCCUACGCCGGCAUCAUCCCCCCCGCCGCACCCUACAACCAAUUCACCCCCAUGCCCGAAAACCACCCCUACCCCUACCCCCCACAACCCCAUACAAACCCCUACCACCCACACAUAGCCACCUCCCCCACCAUCGAACCCGUCACCCGCCGCUUCUCCUUCCGCGCCAACGCAACCGUGGGCGUCGACCACUACAGCGCCCUCCGCAACUUCGACACCACCUCCUCUGCCCUCGAAGCCAUCGUCCCAAUCUGCACGGCCCACGACGCCGACGGCGUCGACAUCUACUUCCUCAACCACCCGCGCGCACACACACAAGUGCGUUCGCCCGCCGAGGUGCUCUCCAUCUUCAGCAGCGUGCGCCCCUGCGGCGCGACACCCACGGGACGGCGGCUCGGCGAGAUCCUGGAGCUGUAUUUGGCGGCGUAUAGAAGGAACGCGGGGAUCAAGCCGUUGAAUAUCAUUGUGAUUACGGAUGGGGAGCCGACGGACCCUGGGAAGCUGAAGAGGUGCAUUGUGGACUGUGCGAAGAGCCUGGAUGCGCUUGGCGCGAGGGAUAGACAGGUGGGCGUGCAGUUCUUUCAGGUGGGGAAUGAUGAGGCGGCGACGGAGAGCCUGGAGGAGUUGGAUAAUGAGCUUGUGGAGGAGGAGGGCGUGAGGGAUAUGGUGGAUACGAUUAGUUGGAGGAAGAUGAAUGAGGGCAAGGGGCUGAGUGCGGAUGGUAUAUUGAAGGCGGUUAUGGGCGCGGUGGAUAAGAGGCUAGAUCGGACGCAGCGGGCAUAG